AUGGCUAGAGGACCAAAGCAUCAUUUGAAGAGAUUAGCAGCUCCAAACCACUGGAUGUUGGACAAGUUGUCCGGUGUCUACGCACCAAGACCAUCGGCUGGUCCACACAAGUUGAGGGAGUCACUACCUUUGAUUGUGUUCUUGAGAAACAGACUUAAAUAUGCCUUGAACGGAAGAGAAGUCAAGGCUAUUUUGAUGGAGAGACAAGUCAAGGUUGAUGGUAAGGUCAGAACCGACACCACCUUCCCAGCUGGUUUCAUGGAUGUUAUCUCCCUGGAUGCUACCAACGAGAACUUCAGAUUGGUCUAUGACAUCAAGGGAAGAUUCGCAAUCCACAGAAUCACCCCAGAAGAGGCUUCGUACAAGUUGGCCAAGGUUAAGAAGGUCCAGCUCGGAAAGAAGGGUAUCCCAUACAUUGUUACACACGAUGGAAGAACUAUCAGAUACCCAGAUCCUGCCAUCAAGGUUGGAGACAGUGUCAAGGUUGACUUGGACACAGGCAAGAUUUCAUCUUUCAUAAAGUUCGAGACUGGUAAGUUGGCUAUGGUUACCGGUGGUCGUAACUUGGGAAGAGUUGGUGUCAUCACCCACAAGGAGAGACACGAGGGAGGUUUCGAUUUGGUCUACAUCAAGGACUCUCUUGACAACACUUUCAUCACCAGAUUGAACAACGUUUUCGUCAUUGGUGAGGGUGCUGGUAAGCCAUGGAUUUCCUUGCCAAAGGGUAAGGGUGUUAAGUUGUCUAUUUCCGAGGAGAGAGACAGAAGAAGAGCUGCCCAGGGCUUGUAA